ACAACGAUGCAAAAUUGUGAAAUUCUGUACAAAAAUAUCUGUUAAAAGGUGGCCAGCAGUGGGUCUAACAUGGUUGAAAAAUCUGAAUUAUUUGCAUUUGUUAUGCUGGAUUUGGUAGUUGAUUCACUUGAUUGUGGUGGUUCAUAUGCGAAAAUUGGGCUACAAGUUUUCAUGAGUUUUACGUGCUAUUUGAGUAAAUAUCCCCCUUUUCUUCUGAAUGAAUUAAUUCCAUUGUCUCCUGCAAACAACAGUGUGCAAGAUGACAGCCCCCUCAUAUGGCUUUUUUCUUCUUUUCUGGCUACUCCUGAAUUUGAUCGUAACUGCCUCCACUGCUCAGGACACUAUUACAGCAAAGCAGCCUCUCCAUGAUGGUAAGACCUUAGUUUCUGCAAAUGGGAACUUCGAGUUAGGAUUCUUCAGUCCUGGUAGUAGCACAAGCAGAUAUGUAGGAAUCUGGUUUAAGAAAAUCCCAGUUCCAUCUGUUGUUUGGGUUGCAAAUCGAAACUUUGCUCUUCCUGAUUCCUCUGGUGUUCUUCAGUUCAACAAUAAAUCUGUUUUGGUACUUGUGAAUGGCACGGGAGGAUUUGUCUGGUCUACUAAUUCAUCGAGAUCAGUGUUGAAUCCAGUUGCACAACUUUUGGAUUCAGGAAACCUUGUUGUCAGAGACCAGAAAGAUGGGAAUCUUGAGAAUGUGUUGUGGCAAAGUUUUGAUUAUCCCUGCGAUUCCCAGUUACCAGGAAUGAAGUUGGGAAGAGACCUUGCUACUGGGUUUGACAGGUUCCUUACUUCCUGGAAAAGCAGUGAUGAUCCUUCCCCAGGUAGCUAUACAUAUCGGAUUGAUCCUCAAGGAUACCCACAACCGUUCCUUCUGAAAGACGGCGUUGUGCAGUUUCGUGAUGGUCCGUGGAAUGGUGUUUGGUUUUCUGGUACUGCCAGGUUGCCUACUGAUUCGACUCAGGUAUAUAAAUUUGUGUUCAAUAACAGGGAGGUGUCGUAUGUCUACGAGCUCAUCAACAUCUCAAUCAUCACUAACAGAAUUGUAAAUCCCUAUGGAAAUAUUCAACGUCAAGAGUGGAAUAAUCAUACACAAGGGUGGGCAACAUUCUACUCAAAACCAAUUGAUAAUUGUGAUACUUAUGGGGUGUGUGGUGUGUUUAGUAGUUGUAACCUUGUAAGAUCUCCUCAAUGUCAAUGCAUGAAAGGAUUUGUGCCCAAUUCCUCCACAGAGUGGAAUGCAGGGAAUUGGAUUGAUGGGUGUGUUCGUGGUGCUUCGUUGAAUUGCAGUGUCAGUGACGGGUUCGUCAAGUAUGCCAAUGUUAAGCUGCCUGAUACAAGAUACUCCUGGCAUAACCAGACAAUGACUCUUGAUGAGUGCAGGGUCAAAUGCUUGCAAAACUGCUCUUGUGUGGCUUAUGCUAAUAUAGAUGUAACCAAUGGAGGAAGUGGCUGCUUCUUGUGGAUUGAUACCGUGAUUGACGUGAAAGUUAUACCUGGUUCAGGUCAAGAUCUUUAUGUCAAGGUGCCAUCUUCUGAGUUGGGAGGUAAUAGGAAAAAACGGGUAUGGAUUGCUAUAAUUUCCAGUUUUUUUGCUGUUAUGUCUCUCUGUGGAGUUGCACUUUUUAUUGUGUGGAGAAGGAGGCGGAAGAGAGCAGAAAAAUACAUUGCUAGUAGAAGAUUCACCAUCAAUAACAACCGUGAAGGAGAUUCUGAGCUGCCAAUAUAUGCUUUUGAUGUGAUUGCCAAAGCUACAAACCAUUUUUCCUUUUCUAACAAACUUGGAGAGGGUGGCUUUGGACCGGUAUACAAGGGAGUGCUGAGCGAUGGACAAGAAAUAGCUGUGAAAAGGCUCUCUAAGGAUUCAAGACAAGGACUGGACGAAUUCAAAAAUGAGGUUAUAUUCAUUGCAAAGCUUCAGCAUCGAAAUCUUGUGAAACUUAUGGGAUGUUGCAUUGAAGCAGAUGAGCGGUUGCUUAUCUAUGAAUAUAUGCCCAAGAAAAGUUUGGAUUGCUAUGUCUAUGAUCCAACAAGCAUUGACUUACUAGAUUGGCCAAAGCGCUUAGAGAUCAUCAUGGGAAUUGCUCGUGGACUUCUAUAUCUUCAUCAAGAUUCUAGACUGAGAAUUGUUCAUCGAGACCUCAAAGCGAGCAAUAUUUUACUAGAUUUUCAGAUGAAUCCCAAAAUUUCUGAUUUUGGCCUGGCUAGAUCUUUCAUUGGAAACGAAGAUGAGGCAAAAACAAAGCGAGUAGUUGGAACAUAUGGUUACAUGCCUCCUGAAUACACUAUCGACGUAUUUUCAGUGAAGUCUGAUGUCUACAGCUUUGGAGUAUUAGUACUUGAGAUAGUGAGUGGCAAGAAAAAUAGAGGGUUUAAUCAUCCAGACCACCAUCACAAUCUCCUUGGACAUGCAUGGAUGCUUUUCAAAGAAGAUACAGCUUUGGAUGUAGUUGAUCCGUUGAUUAGGAACUCGAGUUAUGCACCCCAAUUGCAGAGAAUGAUUCACAUUGGCUUGCUAUGUGCUCAGCAACACCCAGAUGAUAGGCCAAGCAUGUCACUCGUUACUGUCAUGCUAAGCGGUGACUCUAUAUUACCCGAACCUAAAGAACCUGGCUUCUUUGUUGGAAGGAAUUUGCCACAGGAAUCAGUUUCAGGCAACACCCAAUCAAGCUCCAAUUAUGAAUCUGUAUCAUUGCUAGUUGGGCGAGAGGAUGAGCUGGAGAAGAAUGUGCUUACACCUUCUCUGCUUGCAUUAACCAUUAUGAAAGCAACUGCAUACUUUCUUUUGUCAUUACUUGUAUUUGUAGUUACUACCUCUGUAGCUCGAGACACGUUAACCACAACUCAAUCCAUUCGGGAUGGGGAGACCUUGGUGUCUUCUGGUGGUACCUUUGAGUUGGGAUUUUUCACCCCAGGAAGUACUGAGAGAAAAUAUAUUGGAAUCUGGUUUAAAAAUGUUCCAGAUCAGACUGUUGUCUGGGUUGCAAAUCGAGAAAGUCCACUUCUUAAUUCUUCUGGUGUUUUCCGGGUCACCAACAAUUCUCUUCUUGUAGUUGUGAACAAUACUGGAAGUGUAAUAUGGUCUACCAAUUCCUCAAGAUCAGUGCUGAAUCCAAUUGCACAACUUCUUGACUCAGGAAACUUUGUUGUCAGAGAUGAGAAUGACAACAAUCCAGAUAACUUCUUGUGGCAAAGUUUUGAUUAUCCUUGUGAUUCCCAGCUGCCUGGAAUGAAGAUAGGAAGGGACCUUGUUACUGGUUUAGAUAGGUAUUUAACAUCCUGGAAAAGCAGUGACGAUCCUUCCCCAGGGAGCUAUGCCUAUCGGUUUGAUCCCCAAGGAUAUCCACAACCAUUCCUGUACAGAGAUUCUGUUAAGCAAUUCCGAGAUGGUCCAUGGAAUGGCUACUGGUUUUCUGGGAAUAACUUGUUAGACUCAAAUCCUUCAGAGUUAUACCAGUUUGUUUUUAAUGACAAGGAAUUUUACUAUGUCUAUAACCUUGUCAAUUUUUCAUUUGUCACCAAUAGACUUCUAAACCCGUAUGGGACUCUGCAGCGAGUUGAGUGGAACAAUCGUACACAAGGAUGGGCCACAUAUUUAUCGAAACCCAUAGAUGGUUGUGACACAUAUGCAGUUUGUGGCUCAUUUGGUAUUUGUAAUCUAAUGGAUUCUCCUCAAUGUCAGUAUGUAAAAGGAUUUGUGCCUAAAUCUCCAAAAGAUUGGGAUGGGAGGUUUUGGUCAGAUGGAAGUAUUCCAAUGUCAAAUUGCCUGACACAAGAUCCUCUUGGUACAAUACAACCAUUAGUCUUGAGGAAUGCAAGAAAUAAGUGCUUGAGAAAUUGCUCUUGUGUUGCUUAUGCAAAUUUGGAUGUCACUGAUGGAGGAAAGGGCUGCUUGCUUUGGUUUGAUGAUUUGAUUGACGUGCGAGUUCUCUCGGGUGCUGGGCAAGAUCUUUAUGUAAGGGUGGCAUCGUCUGGGUCAGGUGGUGAUAAGAAAUUAUGGAUCUGGAUUGCAGUAGGCUCCAGUUUGCUCUUGAUUCUGAUCUUAUGUUGCGCUGUGAUCUUUAUUCGUUGGAGGAGACAGAGGCUCAACAGUGACGCUGUAGAUACAAUUACUCUUGGUCAAUCCAUUCGAGAUGGAAAUAUCUCGGAAACAUUAGUGUCUGCUGGUGGAAAUUUCGAGCUGGGAUUUAUUUCAGGUACUAAUGGAAGGAGAUAUCUCGGAAUUUGGUUCAAAAAAAUUCCAAUUUCGAAUGUUGUUUGGAUUGCCAAUCGAAAGGCUCCAAUAUCGGAUUCAUCUGAUGUUCUUCGGCUCACCAACAACUCUGUUCUCAUACUUGCCAAUGGUUCAGGAGGAGGAGUCUUGUGGUCUACCAAUACAACAAGAUCAGUAAAGAAUCCAAUUGCGCAGAUUUUGGAUGAUGGAAACUUUGUUGUAAGAGAUCAAAAUGAUGACAACCCUGAUAAUUUCUUAUGGCAAAGUUUUGACUAUCCUUGUGAUACUAUGCUGCCUGGAAUGAAGUUGGGAAGGGAUGUUGUUACCGGGUUUGAUCGGUUUCUAACAGCGUGGAAAAGUAGUGUGGAUCCUUCUCCGGGUAGCUAUACAUAUCAAAUGGAUCCCCAUGGAUACCCACAGCCAUUUGUUUUUAAAGAUUCUUCUAUUGAGCUGUUCCGAGAUGGUCCAUGGAAUGGUUACUGGUUCUCUGGGACUCCUUUGUUACCAGAUGAUACCAGGGCUGAGUUUGUCUUGAAUGACAAAGAGAUGUACUAUACCUAUGAGAUGGGUGACGUCCCUAGUAGGAGGACUUUGGAUAUAAAUGGCAAUAUUCUGCGUCUUAAUUGGAAUAAUGUUACUCAAACUUGGGAAACAUAUCAUACAAAACCAAAUGAUAAGUGUGACCAUUAUGCAGUCUGUGGCGCAUUUGGUAUGUGUAGUCUUGUAACUUCUGUUCAAUGUCAGUGUCUAAAAGGGUUUGUGCCAAAGUCCCACACUGAUUGGUAUGAAAGGGAGCAGUUUAGGGAUGGGUGCGUUCGCAGUGGCCCAUUAAACUGCAGCAUUAACAAUGGGUUUGUAAAGUAUUCUAAUGUCAAACUGCCUGAUACAAGAUCGGCUUGGUAUAAUAUAACCAUGACCCUGAAGGAAUGCAAGAACAAGUGCUUGCAGAACUGCUCCUGUACAGCUUAUGCAUCUUUAAACCUCAAAGAUCAAGGAAGUGGCUGCUUGCUUUGGUUUGGUUCUUUGAUGGAUGUAAAAGAUCUCAAUGGCCCUGGACAAGAUCUUUACGUAAGGGCAGCCACUGACUCUGGUGAUGGGAAAAAAGUUAUCUGGAUAGCAAUAGGCUCCAGUUUGUUGGCUGUCCUGCUUAUAUGUGGCUCAAUGAUCUUUGUUCUACGGAAGAAAAGGAUGAAGGAGAGGAAAAGAAGAUUCUUUAAAACAAAAAAAGUUAAAUUAGACAGAAACAACAACAAAGACAAAGAGAAGUCUGAGCUGCCAAUAUUUGCCUUCAGUGUGGUAGAGCAAGCUACCAAUUCCUUCUCACAAAAAAGCAAGCUUGGAGAAGGCGGCUUUGGGCCUGUCUACAAGGGAUUGUUGGAUACUGGAGAAGAAAUAGCAGUGAAAAGGCUUUCAAAAAAAUCAAGACAAGGAUUGAAUGAAUUUAAGAAUGAGGCUUUAUUUAUUGCUAGGCUUCAGCAUCGCAAUCUAGUGAGACUUAUUGGAUGCUGUGUUGAAGCAGAAGAAAGGAUUUUAAUCUAUGAAUACAUGCCCAAUAGAAGCUUGGACCACUUCAUAUUUGGUGAAACAAGCAAAUCCAUAUUGGAUUGGACAAAGCGUUUUGAGAUAAUCAAGGGGAUUGCUCGUGGUCUACUUUAUCUUCAUGAAGACUCUAGAUUGAGAAUUGUUCAUCGAGAUCUUAAGGCAAGCAAUGUAUUACUUGAUUUUGAGAUUAACCUCAAAAUUUCAGAUUUUGGCCUUGCUAGAAGUUUUGACGGAAAUGAUUGUGAGGCAAUGACUACAAGUGUAGUCGGAACAUACGGCUAUAUGCCUCCUGAAUACGUUAUAGAUGGGGUAUUUUCAGUGAAAUCUGAUGUUUACAGCUUUGGAGUUUUGGUGCUGGAGAUUCUUUCUGGCAAGAGAAAUAGAGGUUUUAAUCAUUCAGAUCACCAACACAAUCUUGUUGGACAUACUUGGAUGCUUUCCAGAGACAUCAAGACUUUGGACAUUGUGGAACCAUUAAUUCGGAACCCAAAAUACGAAUAUGAAAUGCAACGAUCAAUACACUUAGGCUUGUUGUGCGUUCAACAGCAUCCAGAAGACAGGCCGAGCAUGUCUUUCGUGACAGCCAUGUUAAGUGGAGAUGGCAAAUUGCCAGAACCUAAAGAACCUGGCUUUUACUUUGAAAGGAAUAUGCCGCAAUAUUCUGUUUCAAGCACCCCCCAUCCAAGCACCCAUAAUGAAAUUACUGUGACUUUGUUUUCUGGAAGGUAGAGUUAAUCUUAAUCAUAAUCAUAUUGUUAAGCUGGAGUGACCCUGCUAAAUACUUGGUUUUUUACUGGUUAUUUAAGCUUCGAGAAAUUAAUUAUGUAUAAAUGUGGUGAUACUAAUGACUAAUGAUUAAUGAUUACAGUUGAUUGCUCAAGAGCUAAGACAGGACAUAAAAUGUAAAGAUUUCUACCAUAAUACUUAGAAUUACAAGAUGGCUCAUGCACAACCUCCAAUCGACAAAAGGCUUGUUGCGACCAUAGUGGUAAGA